AUGAUUUCGAAUUCGAAUUUUUAUUGUUCUAAAUUCGGAGUCGUGACAUUUGCUCUGGUGACUUUGCCUUUUUCGCCGUUCUACCAAGGCCACAAAAACACCACCGAGUUGGAUCAAGUGGUUGUUCAAGGAUCACAGCUAAUGAAAUUUGGAACAAAAGAGGUGGCCCAGUAUAACUCGGAGACUGCUUCCGGGAUUUAUAGUAUCAAGGUGCAGCUUGCUCUACGGAUAAAAGCCAGGUACGGCAAGUUCAAGUCCCGCAAUUACAAGCCCUAUCGGAAGAUUGACUGCAACCUGAGGCUUCCUUUAAGUUCUAAUGAAACAUCCACUGCCAUUAAUGGUUUCAUGGCUACAGGGUGUGUUAAUAUUUACUUCUUUUCAAAUCCUGAUUCUGAUUAA